UGAUUAUGAGAGUAAUAAAAACAAUAGUAAAAAAGAAAGAAAACUAAGAUUCUUUUUCUUUUGAAUAUUGUAUAAUUAUAUAUAUAUAUAUAUAUAAAACAAAUCAAAGAAAAAAAAUAUAUAUUUUUUUUAUUAUUUUUUUUUUCAAGAAAGAAAAUGAAAUAAAUCAUUUGUUUGUUUGUUUUUUUUUUCAUAGGAAAUUUUUUUUUACAUUAUGAGAAUAAUAUUAGAGGAUAGUCGAAUAAUGCAAAUAUAUGGUAGAUACAAGAACAAAAAGUAAAAAAAAAUCAAAUGAGCUUCCUACUGUUUUCUUUGUAUAAUUUCCCUCUCUCAAUAUCUCUUUCCAUUUAUCAUUUCAUGUCUCUUUCUCUCUCUCUCUCUCUAUUUCAGUUUAUCCAUUACGUGCAAAUUCCAUUAAUAUUCAUCCAAAUGCUCGAUGGCAACAGAAUGGUCUUAGUGUCUCUGGAGGUAAUGGAGAUGGUAAUGGAAUCAAUCAACUCACAUACCCAUUGGGUUUAUAUGUGGAUGAUGAUCAAACAAUUUAUGUUGCUGAUCAAGACAAUCAUCGUAUUAUAGAAUGGAAAAGAGGUGCGACGAAUGGCCAAGUGAUUGCCGGUGGAAAUGAACAAGGAAGUGGAAUACAUCAAUUGUCUUACCCAUCAGAUGUGAUUGUCGACAAAGAGACUGAUAGUCUCAUUAUCUGCGAUUAUGAGAAUAGAAGAGUAGUUCGAUGGCCUCGUCGAAAUGGAACAAGUGGAGAAACAAUCAUCUCCAACUUCAAAUGUGUGAGUUUGACAAUGAACGAGAAUGGGUUUCUAUAUGUCGUCGAUUUUGGAAAAAAUGAAGUGAGACGAUAUCGAAGAGAAGAAUCUCAAGGAAUAGUGGUUGCAGGUGGUAAUGGACGUGGAAAUCGUCUCGAUCAACUCUGUGACCCAUGGUACGUAUUCGUCGAUCAAAAUAAUUCAGUAUAUGUAUCUGAUUGUGGAAAUCAUCGUGUAAUGAAAUGGAUGGAAGGUGAAACACAAGGCAUUGUCGUGGCUGGUGGUCAAGGACAAGGAAAUGGUCUCGCACAAUUGUCAUAUCCUCGAGGAGUCGUUGUCGAUGAAUUGGGCACUGUCUAUGUGGCUGAUGGAUUGAAUGACCGAAUCAUGUGUUGGACGAAAGGAGCUACACAAGGAAAUGUUAUUGUUGGUGGAAAUGGUGAAGGAGAACAAUCAAAUCAACUGAAUGACCCGUUCGGAAUUGAUAAACAUCAUAUGUGUUCACAAAAAACUCUUAUGUCGGAUUCAUCAACUUGUUCAAAUACAGUUGGUUCCAAGUCAUUACAAGAGACGCACAAUGAACGCAUGGAAAAAUUUCAAUUUCUAGUUGAUCGAUAUGAUAUCAAUCCGGAGUUCGCAGCAAGAUUACGAUCACUAGAAGGAUUCGAAAUUGUAUUCAUUAUUGAUGCUGAUGUACAUGGUCCAUAUGACCGUAAUCCAACAAGAUGGGAUGAACUUCGACAAACGGUUUCCAUUGUAGUUGAUAUUGCAUGUGUUUUUGAUCCCAAUGGAAUUGACCUUUUCUUUUUAAAUCGUCAAGCAAUGCGUAAUGUCAAAAAUGCUGAACAACUUAUUCCUGUAUUUGCUGUUCCACCAGCAGGGUUAACUCCAAUGGUUCGUGCAUUACGACAAGUUUUAGAAGAAAAACAAGUUGACAUUAAAGAACGAAAAUUACUAAUAUUAAUUGCUACAGAUGGUCUACCAACAGAUGAUAAAGGAAAUAAAGAUUUAAAACCAUUUGAACGUGUAUUACGUUAUGAACGUAAGCCAAUUGAUCAAAUUCCAGUUAUAAUUAUUGCUUGUACCGAUGAUACUAAAUGUAUUGAUUAUCUUAAUAAUUUGGAUAAAAAAAUACCUAAAUUGGAUGUUGCUGAUGAUUAUAAAUCAGAAAGAGAAGAAAUUCAUAAAGCACAAGGGGCAGAUUUUCCAUUUAGUUUUGGUGACUAUGUUGUCAAAAUACUGAUCGGUGCAAUUGAUAGCUGGUUUGAUCCACUUGACGAACGUCGUGUGACUGGCACUCGUCCACCGGAUCGACAUACUCAUAGAGAAAAAAAGAAAGACAAAUGCUCUCUGUCAUGA